AUGAACACGCUCUUGGUCUACUUGGUCGUCGCGGCACUGCUGCUGGCCAACGACGCUCUGUCGGUCAAAGGAGCAGAGAUUUCCGGCCAGCGAGCAAACCAACGACGCCGACGUCAAAUGUUCGGCUACAGCCCGUACUACUAUAACAAUUAUGGACCAGGUUUAGGCUUGUCCGGCGAUCUGAUGGCUGCUGGAAUGGGUUUGGAAGGCCUUGGAGAACUUGGAUACGCAGCGAGAAUGCUAUUUUAA